GCUGCGCCGGCCGCUUCCCAGCCAGGCUGAAAGGGCUCGGGAAGCUAGCUGGCCUUGUUGGCCCUUAAAUCGCACACUGGAUGCCCUGGCCCCAGCUACCCUCGCCCAGCUGCGCAAAGAAGGAUGCUCCUGGCUCUCGUCGGCCUCCCAGGUUUGCUUUCCUUCUUUUCCCGAAGGUGGGCCCUUAGGUUCACCGUCCGAAGCCUGCGGCCGCAGGGAAAGCCAAACCCCGAGUGUCCGGAGAGUAACCGGAAGUGCCCUCCCAGGCAGAGGGGCGGCGCCGGCUGCAGCCGGGGAGAGGGAAGAAUUGAGUAUCGUUAGUAACUAUGGACUGGAGAUCUUUUGGAGCCAAAAGGAAGACAGUCUUGAGUCUUUCUUGUUAUGGUGACAGAGGAGGGGGUUUGAAUAUAUGAGGUCAAACAUGAAAUGAUCAUUGAAAAGAGGUUGUAAAUACCACAUAAAGAACGAGUGCAUGUGAUGCUGGAAACUUGUAAAGAGAAACUGCUCAUGACUGAAAGGCCUAAGACAGAUGUAUCUUUCAAGUUCUUAUCAAGAAAAUGACUAUGAAGAAAAUGAUGGGUCAGGAAGACCAGUGGAAAACUCCCUAGGAGAGAGCCAUAGAAAAUGUACACUUCAGAAGAGAGAUAUAAUCAGAGAACUCAAAAAAGGAAAAUAUAUCAUGUAUGCCCUCAGAAGGGUAAAAAGAUUUUUAUUCAUGUGCAUGAGAUUACUCAAAUAGAUGAUCAGAUAUACCAGUGCCUUGAAUGUGAACAAACCUUUUGUGAAAACUUAGCUCUUAUUAUGUGUGAGAGAACCCAUACUGGGGAGAAACCUUAUAGAUGUGAUAUGUGUGAGAAAACCUUCAUCCAAAGCUCAGAUCUUAUUUCUCAUCAGAGGAUCCACAGUUAUGAGAAACCUUAUAAAUGUAGCAAAUGUGAGAAGAGCUUUUGGCACCACUUAGCCCUUUCAGGACACCAGAGAACGCAUGCAGGUAAAAAAUUCUAUACAUGUGAUAUCUGUGGCAAGAAUUUUGGUCAGAGCUCUGAUCUGCUUGUCCACCAGCGAAGCCAUACAGGCGAGAAACCGUAUCUGUGUAGUGAGUGUGAUAAAUGCUUCAGCCGAAGUACAAACCUCAUAAGGCACCGAAGAACUCAUACAGGUGAGAAACCGUUUAAGUGUCUGGAGUGUGAAAAAGCUUUUAGUGGGAAAUCCGAUCUUAUUAGCCACCAGAGAACUCACACUGGUGAAAGACCCUACAAAUGUAAUAAGUGUGAGAAAAGUUACAGACACCGGUCAGCCUUCAUUGUUCAUAAAAGAGUACAUACUGGGGAGAAGCCCUAUAAGUGUGGUGCCUGUGAGAAAUGCUUUGGCCAGAAAUCCGACCUUAUUGUACACCAGAGAGUCCACACAGGUGAGAAGCCGUAUAAAUGCUUGGAAUGUAUGAGAAGUUUUACCCGGAGUGCCAACCUCAUCAGGCACCAGGCAACUCACACUCACACUUUUAAAUGCCUUGAAUAUGAGAAGAGCUUCAGCUGUAGUUCAGACCUUAUUGUGCAUCAAAGAAUUCACAUGGAAGAGAAACCACAUCAGUGGUCUGCGUGUGAGAGUGGCUUCCUCUUAGGCAUGGACUUUGUUGCCCAACAGAAAAUGAGAACUCAGACAGAGGAGCUGCAUUAUAAAUACAGUGUCUGUGAUAAAAGCUUUCAUCAGAGCUCAGCCCUUCUUCAACAUCAGACAAUCCACAUUGGUGAAAAACCAUAUAUCUGUAAUGUGGCUGAGAAAGGUCUUGAGCUCAGCCCUCCCCAUGUAUCAGAAGCCUCACAGAUAUCUUGACCAGACAAGAAGUUGUUAUACCAUAAAAAAAAAAAAAAAGGAUGUAUUUACAAUGUAAGAGAACUCACUUAAGAUGGAGAACUCAAAGCAAAUCUCAGACUUUCCUCAGAGCUCAGACUUUAUUGGGGACCAGAAAAUCUGUAGUUGUAGGAACUUGAGAAUUGGUUUGACCAGAGAGCUGUCUUUACAGAACCAUAUCAAUCACUCCAGUGAGAAACCUUACAGAUGCCCUGAGUUUUUGGAAAACCUCAGUCCAAGCUCAUGUCUGAUCAUCCACAAGAGGAUUUAUAUAGGUGGGAAACUUAUAAGUUCGGUGAAUGUGAGAAAGCUCUCUAGCAGUGCUCACCUCUCCUCAUUCCAAGAUAAUUCAGAUCAGAGGAUGAUAUUUUUUUAAUGCCCUGUGAAACAGUGCUUCAGACAGUAUGCACGCCUCAUUGGAUGUCAGAAAGCCCCACUGGAAAGACCCCAACAGUAGUGAAAAAAGCCUCUUAACGUAACUGUGACUAUUACCUAUCAUAAGAGAAGCCAUACAGGUGAAAAUUUGUGUAUUUGCCUUGAAUGUGGCAAAAGCAUUAAGUGGAGAGCCUUCUUGGGUUUGCAAACCCCUCCCCCCCAAAAAAAUCUGAUGAAGGACCUUAUGAAUUCUCUGAAUGAGAAAAACUUCUGUCAAUGAUCAGUUCUUGUACACCAGGAAACUUGUAUAAGUGAAAGACCCUAUAAAUAACCCUAAGUCUGGGGGAAAAAAAAUCCUUGCAGGAAAUCUCUACCUUAUUGGGCCCCAAAGAAACUACUCUGGAGAGCAUUUUGUAGACCUCUAUAGAGGUCUCACUGUGGACUGUGUACAUUGAAUAGGUAUGAGAACUGUUCUCAUAGUUAGUUGACCCCUGUAGUAGAGGUGAAUUUUAAUGGAGUCGACAUGCAAACCAUUUUGUUUAGAUACCCAGAAACUUGUUCUGGGAAGAGCUAGGGCAGGUCAGAGUAGGCCUGAUGGGUAACUCAGGUAAAGAUGCUUUUCUUUUAUCUGAACCACUGAAUGAUUGCUUUACUUUCAGUUUUUAAAAUUUGGAACUCCAAUAAAAGAAAGGACUGUAAUUGAGAUAGAAAGUGUGGCAUGUGUUACUGUUGGGGAAAGAAGUACAUUGACUUUGCCUCUGUUGAUUUUCUAAUUCUCGGGUAGAAUGGGGACUACUAGUGUGUUGAUACCAGCAUGGGAACCUUCUGCUGGUUGUGAAAAGAACUAAACAACUAGGGAAUAGUUAUCCUAGAUCAAAACACUCCCCAGAAUUUCCCCUUUGGAGGACCAACCUCAUAAGAAGGCAGAAUGCUCAGCAUUUUACUUGAUGUGAAUUGCGGCAUACCUUCAGUCCUCGCCCUAAAAUGUCUUUUGGAUUAUUACUGGUAUUCCCAAUUUCAGCUUUAGAGAUUUGUUUGUUAUCAACCCAGAAGUGCAAAUUCCAGGAUGAUCAUUAUGAUUUUGCUAGUUGCCAUAUUUUUGUAACUUCAUUUAUCAUGUUUCUUUCAAUGGUAAGAUAUACUCAGUCAACUCCCUGCAAAGUGUUUAAGGGAAGGCUGACAUAAAGACUCAAGUCAGAGUCAGCACAGAGUAAAAUGCAUACUGAUGCGUUAUUAGUGGAGAAAUGACUGAUUUUUAAGAAUCCUGACUGAAAAGCUGGUAGUGUUUUUUUUUUUCCCCCACUCCAUCAUCCUGUUUAUAGCAAAUCCAAGCCUCAUGAUGAUAUACCUUUCAUUUAUUUUGGUCUGCCAAGGAAAGAGAAUACUCUUUUAUUUCUGGGGAAAAGUCACCACAAUAUAAGGUGUACAUUUGGCUUGUAAAGUAGGAUUCUAAAUGCUAGAAGGGAAAAGAAGUUGGCAUUCAUCAGAGGUUUCAGGAUAAGCACUUAUCUCCAAUUUAGUAGAAUUAUGAUUACCUUUAACAUUCUCCAGAAACACUAAUUAAUCCAGGGAUCUAUAAAUGCAUGCUUGUGAGGUUUUUUCCCCCCUUCCCUCAGAUUAAAAGACCUUUAAUAGAAAUACUUAAGAGUCCUACAGUAUUUGGGACUGUAGACUGGUGAAUAAAUAUUUGCAGUCCUCUGAUUUAUCUUAGCAGAUCCUGAACUCUAGGCAGCAUUGGUGUUUGGACUCAUGGGGGUGGCCAGCUGCUACACUGCCACCUUGUGUAUGGCUCCAAGCUUUGAUCCUAAUGACAGGUUGGUGACCUUGAUAAUCUUAGGGUCAGAGGAUAUAACUCAUAGUGAUAAGGAAUUUGAUUCUAGGCUGUUUUUUUUCUUUGAGAAAACAGAUCCUGGAAGUUUAUUUGAUCUGAUGUGUUUUAGUAAUUUUCAUUAGCUCUUAAACCAUGAAGACUUGCUCAGUGUGAUAAAACACACAAGAUGUAUUUGUUUCUUUUUGAUGAAAAUCAUGCCUGUCACUAGUACAUGUUUGACAGUUGUAAUUCUUAAAAUAGUAUUGGAUGUAUGGCUUGGUGGUGAUGAAAAUUAGUCCUUAUGGCUACUUGUUGGUCACUAGAACUUGGAGAAGGACACCGUUGUAACUUUGGUGGGGCACUGACCUGCCCCUUUCAACUAAUCUUACUGGUAAUUGUCUCUAGUCUUUAAGUAAAUUAAGGAUGGACCAUCCCUCAACCAAAACUUUGAGGGUAUGAAAUAGGUCUGAGGGUUUUUAACCAUGGGGGAAAAAGGGUGUUGGUAUUACUCAUAUAGAAUAACCUGAGGUUGGAGAGGACCACUUGGGAGCCUAUAACCAAAACUAGAAGGUAACUUCUGGAAUGGAGGGAGGUUCUCUUGAGAGAGUGCCAACCUAAAUCUACCUCAGGUAAGUAGUUAGAGGAACUUUAUCAAGAUUUCAGACCAAACAAGACACUUGUACUCAGUCACUGUAUUCCUAUGCUUUAAUGUUUUUGUUUUCCCUUAAUUCUUAAAUAAAAACAUUGUUCUGAAAACUCCA